GGAAAGUAAUGGAACAGCUUCGUCUAGACAAUAGAGCAGUGAGGUGGGUUGCAAACUGGCUUAAGGAGAGAAGCCAGAGAGCGGUAGUCAAUGGUGCGGAGUCCAGCUGGAGGCCAGUAUCCAGUGCAGUGCCUCAGGGGUCAGCGCUGGGGCCAAUGUUAUUCAGUAUAUUCAUUAACGAUUUGGACGAGGGAAUAGAGUGCACUAUCGGCAAGUUUGCUGAUGACACCAAGCUGGGAGGGGUGGCUAACACGCCAGAAGGCUGUGCUGCCAUCCAGAGACCUGGACAGGCUGGAGAGUUGGGCGGGGAAUAACCUGAUGAAAUUUGACAAGGGCAAGUGUAGAGUCCUGCACCUGGGCAGGAACAACCCCAGGUUCCAGUAUAGGUUGGGAAAUUACAUAUUAGAGAGCAGUGUAGGGGAAAGGGACCUGGGGGUCCUGGUGGACAGCAGGGUGACCAUGAGCCAGCACUGGCCCUUGUGGCCAGGAAGGCCAAUGGCAUCCUGGGGUGUAUUAGAAGGGGGGUGGCUAGUAGAUCGAGAGAGGUUCUCCUUCCCCUCUGCUCCGCCCUGGUGAGACCACAUCUGGAAUAUUGUGUCCAGUUGUGGCCCCUCAGUUCCAGAAGGACAGGGAACUGCUGGAGAGGGUCCAGCGUAGGGCAACAAAGAUGAUUAAGGGAGUGGAGCACCUCCCUUAUGAGGAAAGGCUGAGGGAGCUGGGUCUCUUUAGUUUGGAGAAGAGGAGACUAAGGGGGGACCUCAUUAAUGUUUAUAAAUAUAUAAAGGGUGAGUGCCGUGAGGAUGGAGCCAGGCUCUUCUCGGGGGCAAACAAUGAUAGGACAAAGGGUAAUGGGAGCCGGAGGAGGGGAUUGCUUUGGGGGCUUCAUCAGGGGUCUGGGACAUGCAGAGGCAGGGGGCCCAGCGGCUGUGUGCCCCCAAUCCAGGGUGCCCCCAUAGCCAUGACCUGGGUGCCGACAGCUGCCUCUGGCCAUUGAUUUCUUCGUUAUUUGCGUCCCCUUCGCUCUCCCGCCCCGCUGCAGCGAUGCUGGUGGGAGGGGGCGUUAAGAAACCCCCCCCACCCAGCACCCACCCCUGUGCUGCUGCUCCUUCUCUCUAGAUUUAUAUAUAUUAAAUAUAUAUUUUUAAAAAAUGAGGGGAGAAAAGACCAUCUAGAGGCUCUCAAGGGCCAGUGCCCUCCCCAGCAGUGUGUGCCCCCCACCCUAGAAAUAAUACCUAGAAAAUUGUUCCAGUGCGAUUCUCAGGGGAGCCCCCGCUCCCAACACCGUGGCCUGGGACCCCCCUGACCCCCCCACCUCCGCCAACCCAGUCUGGUCUCUGGCUGUCCAUGGUGGCCGUGGCUUUCUGGGGGGCAGGGGGUGGUGGAGGCCGUGGGCGGUGGGUGAGGAGGGGGCAGCCAGGCGGGCUGGGGGUUGUGGGUGAGGAAGCCCAGUAGGGACUGAAGCUCCCGGGGGCACAGGCCAUGGAGGUGAUGGGGCUGAUGCUGCUCUGUGGCUCUCGGGGGUUCGCAGCUUGGAGAACGUGGCCAGAGCGUCGGGGAAGUUGGGCGGCGUGGCCGGUGUGUUGCUGGGGGUGCACAUCUGCGGGGGUGUCAGAUCGGCCAUGGAUGGUUUUUGGAGUCCCAACCUGCCAACUCCCCAUCACUGAAGAUCUGGGUGCAUCCCGCACCAGGGGAUGCUCGAAGCCGAGCUCUGGUGGGUAUUGGGGUACCCAGCGCUGCAGGGUCUGGGUGGCACCCCCAGAACGUGGGGGCUGCCUGGGGAGGAUCUCCAGCCCAGGCAGGGCCAGCUCGGGCUGCGAAGAACAGUUUGGACCAUCCAGGGUGCUUAGAGCGCUGGGGUGCAGCGGGUUUGGGGAGGGGACACUGCUCUGAUGCCAGCUGCCCCGGGCAGGGAUGAGGUGAUGCAAUGAGGACCAGCACGAUGGGUGGGGAGAGUUUUGGGGUCCCUCAGGACCCUCUUCACCCGGCUCCCUGUCCCCUGCUCCACUUCGCACCCCAUUAGGACACAGAAAGUCAGGCAGGGCCCCCGGGACACGAGGCGCUGGCCGGGCCCCUCGCGGUUCCCGGCACGGCCCCUGCUUUCUGAGCACUGAGCUGAAUUUAGUGCCCUCCCCACCUCCCCCCCGGACAGACCCGGCCCUUUUUGAGGCCAGUCUUGCCAAAAACCCCAGGAGCUCACGAUGAAAAUGAGAAGUUAAAUGAUUCCUCACAACACCAUUCAACACAAGAACCGAGAGGUUUUUGACACCUGCUUCCUUGUAGGUGUCCUACUGAGCACUAGCACAAAGCCAAGAGUGUUGCUCAGCAGCACCAACCGCGUCUGCCAGGAAUUAAUCUUCAACAUGAACCAGGGGCAGCAGAAGGCAAUCACCAGCACCACAGACAGCAAAGGAGAAGUCUGCAAGAUCCCAUAAGGCUGGAAUAGACUGUUGGCAUCUGCUCUCCACGGCAAAAGUGGAGGAGAGCGUAGAGGGAAAAGAAAUGAAAGUCAUUGACAGUGAAAAAUGCGUGGCGAAACACAGGAGGUUCUGACACAAGAAGACCCUCCCAGGAGCAAGCCAUGACUUCUGGAGCCAGCAUCUCUGGCCCGGGAUGAACGCUUGCCCAUUGCCGUGCGGCCACUUGGGGUGCAAAACUGGGGUUUGAGAGGGGCUGUUGCCCCCCGGUGUCUUGCUCUGCCUGGAGAUGUCUGUGCAGAGGUCCCUGGACAGGACGCCUCUUCCUCAGUCAGCGCUGGCAAAAACCAUCUGGGGACACGCUCCGUCCCCUGGAACUCUUCCUUGUGUGACUCGCAGCUCACGUGUGACAGCGCUGCUCCAAACUUGGCCAUCUCUAAGGACCGGCUUUCUUUGGGAUGUGGGGUUCACUCUCAGAGGAAUCAUGGCAGCCCUGCUUUCUGUGUUGGGGUCUCCCUUUCAGCUGUGGAGCAGCUUCAGUUCUCAGUGCAAAAGGAUCUUGCAAUGGCUGUGUAGCUAGCAGCAGCGUUUCUGAAGCAUCAGAGGAGAUGUCAGAGCCAUGAGGCUGAGGGACGGGACUCCCAGCACAAGAUUGCCCGUGUUUCAAAAGGGAGGCAGCCGUGCCAGCUGGAGAACCUCUCUCGCAGCUCCAUCCCCAGCAAAGAGCUGUCUCUAGAGCAGUUUGUGCUGCUUACGGGCAAGAUCAGCCUUUGCAUUUGAACCACCUUCUUGCAGAGGUGACAGGAAACAUCCUCUGGUUUAUGUCGUUCCAGCUGCAAAGGCCAGAGCAGUGUUCUUGAGGGAGCAAGCGAUGAGCACAUUUCCUGGUCAGCAGCCGCUGGCUCGUGCCAACGGUCAAGAGAGGCAGAAGAAAUCCCUUCAGAACAGCUCCCUCUCAAAAGACACCCUUCUGCUUGAUGAACCGCAGGGAAAGGCGUCCUAAACCAGGCACUUUGACCUUGUUUUCAGCCCAGGUUCCCAGUGCUGGUGCACUCGUGAGCCAGUCGCUGCACAUCUGCCGCCAAGGGGAAUCGCCUCCGAGGCCAACUGUGCCAUGGGGAAAGGAAAGGGUGAGACGUCGGGAGAGUUUCAUUUAGUGCACAACACGGAUAAAGCCAUUCUUUCUGCAAUUAAAACUGAGGGUAUUUAAUUGAGUGAAAUGAGAUUUCAUUCCCCAUGACCUGUCUGAUUGUACUUUGAAUCUGGGCACGGGCUGCAGUGACCUGCCACAACAUUUGAGGUGUCACCAGCUGCAUUGUAGGUGGUAAAGUGGGAAAGGCAGGAGGGAGCCUCAGCAUCUCCCAUCCCGUGGGUGACUUCAUCACAAAGGACCAGGGCGGCGCCCGCUGGCUCCUGGGGCGGCUGUUGCCAGGCAACAGAGACACUAUAUUGUCCCCUGUCACCUGUGCCCCUCGCCCAUUUGGUCACUGGCCGUGGUGGGAUCACUUGCCGUGGUGGGAUCACUGUGGUGGUGGACUCAUUUUGGCAGUUGGAUUGCUUUCGUGGUGGGAUCGCUAUUGGUGGUUGCACCACUUUUGGUGGUAGGAUCGCUACUGGUGGUUGAACCACUUCUGGUGGUUGAACUGCUGUUGGUGGUUUUAUCACUUUCGGAACUUGGAUCUGUUUGGCGACUGGAUCACUUUCAUCACUCGGAUUGCUUUUGGCACUUGGAUCUGUUUGGUGACUGGAUCACUUUCUGUGGCAAGGAGGAGGAGGAGAAAGGCUGCUGGCUGCCCAUCCCUCCAACAUCAUCUCCGGACAGAAGAGCUCCCGUCUUCCCACAUCCAGUUCAGUGUUUUCGGGCAGAGCAGCAGCGAUGGCCACACGUGGACUGCUGGAGAUGCUGAACGCCGCCAUGGGGACACCCCAUUUGGGGGUUGUCGACUUGGUGGCACUGCACAAAUUGCUUGAGGCCAUCAUCGGGCAGCUGGGCCAGCAGGAGCUGUCUGUCCUGGAGCCAGAGCAGAGCCCGACCCCCGGCCUGGCAAAGGAUCAGGACAGCAAGGCCCAGCCUGGCCAGGAGAAGGAGGAGGAUGGAGCCCUGGGCACAGGGCAGCACCUCUGGAAACCAAAGCAGCAGCUGGAUGAGAAGGACACGCUGGAGGGGACCGGGAGCAACUCCAAGGUCUCCUCCGUGGCCAAGGAGGCCAUGCUAAAAACAACGGAAGAGGAGAAGAGAGAUGUCCCCAAGAAAAGGGCUUCGCUCCAGGACCUGUGGGAGGAGAUCAGCAAGUUUAAGGAGGCGCAGUCCAGCCUGGAACAGGACGUGCGGGAGAUGAAGGAGGCCAUGCAGGAGGCGCAUUCUGGCCUGGAACAGGACAUCCAGGAGGUGAAGGAGGCACAUGUCGGCCUGGCAGAGGACAUGCAUGCCCUGCAGGAGGCGCAUUCCGGCCUGGCGGAGGACAUCCAGGAGAUCCAGGAGACGCUUGGCCUGGAGGGUGGUGGGGGCCAGUCUGCCCCCGCUGAGCCCACCCAGGUGGCCAUGGACAGCCAGGCCAGGAGGAGCUCAGCACUGGAGCCAAAGGGACGUGGGACACAGCCUGGGAUGGAGACCGGCAAGGGGACUGCAGGGUCUGGCUCCCCGGGGAUGCAAGCAGGGAUACAGGGGCAACCAGCGACCCCUGUGAAGUUGUCAGGCGCUCCCUCCAUUCACAAGAGGUCUAUUGGUGCCAACGCCACCACCCCGGGGAUGCAGCCAGGAUCCCCGGGCACCCAGGCCAGCACCUCCCUGGGGACACAACCAGGGGCCCCUGAUGCCCAGGCCAGCACCGCGGGGAUGCAGGCAGGAUCCCCUGGGACCCACACCACCACCCCUGGGGUGCAGCCUGGGUCCUCCAGCUCCAAAGCCACCAUCCCAGGGGAUGCCCAAGAGCCGGCCAAGCCCUGGGGCUCCACCAGCACCUCAAGCUACGAGUCGGAGAUGCGGGAGGUGCUGUCACAGGUUGGGCAGCUCGGCCAGCUCUGCGCUGGUCUGAAGGAACAGGUGGAGCAGCUUAAAUCUACAAAAGCAGAAAGCACAGAUCUUGAGGACGUGCGCCGGCUCUUCCCAAAGGGAGGCCGGCAGAGCAUCACCAGCAUCCUGGCCGACCUCAGGUGCCAGGUGUCCUUCCUGCAGGACAUGGCCAGGGCCCUCCACGGGGAGAAGGAGAAGAUCAGCAAGGUGGAGGAUGCUCCCAGAAAGACGAGGGGGUCUGGAGCCGGUAGGAAAGCAGACGGCAGUGGCCAGAUGACCCAACAGCCGCGGCCCAAGGGACAGAAGGUCAAGGCAGAGCGCAAGGAGCUGGGGAAGCAGCAGGAGCCAACCCAGGCCGAGCUGGAGCAGUUUGCGGCCAAGUACGUGAAUAAGUUGGUGAUGGAGGCAGCACAGCAGCUGCAGGCAGAGCAGGUGGACGAGCCGAGGACGACGGCGCAGAGCGGGGGACACGAGCACGCAGGGUGCCACGUCUGCAGCCCGGACACCAGGGUGCUGCUGGGGAAACUCCUCCAGCGCUGCGAGAAGCUCGAGGAGCAGGUGGAGUCCCUGGUCCAGAAGGCGGGCAGCAAGGUGGAGAGUCAUCCGAAGUGGAGGAGACAGUCCCUGCAGCAGGACGAGCAACUCAAGUGCCUCCAGGCCAGCAUCAUGCAGCUACAAAAGGACUAUGAGAAGUUGAGCUCGGCCCUUGCAAACCUCCAGCAGGAUCGUCAGCAGAAGCAGAAUGACAUCAAGGCUCUGUCCCAGGCCCUGGGGAGGCUGGAGAAGAAGCAAGCAGACAAGGAGGAGCUGCUGGUGCUGGGAAUCGAUGAGAAAGCAGACAAAGCCGCCCUGGCUGACAAAGUCAGUCGCAGCCAGCUUGAGGCGUGCGAGGAGCGGCUGACCAAGAUGAUGGAGGAGGUGACGAGCCGGGUGACGGGCCAGGAGAAGGGCUGGCACCAGUUCCAGCGAGAGCUGCAGAGACAGAUGGACUGCAAGCUGGACCGCCGGGAGCUGGGGGCGUUCCGGCAGCAGCAGGAGGAGCGGUGGAAGAGCCUCAGCGGGCAGCUCCAGGAGAAGGCGCUGCAGGCAGAGCGUGACGAUGCCGCUGGGAUUAGGAAGCAGCUGCUGCCCGGUUUCCAUUGCCUGUCCUGCGACCGGCCCCUCAACAUGCUGGCACCUGGACCGGAGCGGACGGGCGAGUGUAGAUACCCCACUGUUCCGCGGAGCUGCGGAGGCCAACACACCGUCACGCCCCCGCGUUUCCAGCCCCAACCGCCCAGCACCCCACGGCCAUCCAAACCCAGUGCCCGCAGCCCCAACAAGAAGGACGCGAUGCAGCUGUUGGGCCAGGACGGCACUGAUGGGAACCAGCAGGACGAGCAGCUCUCCAUGAUGGGGGGCUCUGAGCUGCCCACAAUGCCAAGGGCCACCCCAGACACCCCGACCUCCAGGAACCGGCCAAGCACCCGCUCCUCGCUGAGAUCAGCCGUGCUGCAGCACCUACCAGUCUCGUCUCCCAGACGCUUCACCCUGGCACCGCAGCUGCUGCCGCCCAUCCCGCCCCCCCGCCGUGAACCAACCCCCUGACAGCCGGGCACGACGGGGUCCCGGCCCCGGUCCCACCGCCCCGGGCACUGAGCAGGCAGCGGCUGCAAUAAAUGGCGAUGGGAAACCAAGCACCGGUGUGGUCUGAGAGGAGUCCCUGGGGCAGGAUGGCAGAAAGCCCCGCUGUGUUUGCUUUUUCAGGAGAAAAAUAAGUGCUAAAAAGGCGCUUUGGGGGUGCCCAGGUGGAUCCAGUUGGUAUCCAGGCCCCCCCAGAAGGAGCACGGGGAGCAAACCAGUGGGCACCAGGGCAGAGCCAGCAGAGGCCCAUCCUGCCCCCGGGUGGGGCUGAGGUGUCCAUGGGCUUCAGAAACACCCCUGGGACUAACUGGGGGGACGGGGUGAGGGGGAACCAGGGGGCUGUGUAAGAAGCCGGGCUGGCUGUCGGCAGCCGGAGGAGGGGAGCGCUUUGCGCUUUGCUCUGGGUCAGGGGAUCCAGAACUGGGGGGACGCAGCAGCUUCGUGCCCCGCCCCGGGGUGCCCGCAGCCGCCAUGUCGCAGAUGUAUUGUUAACCCCGUCUCCCCCCCACUUCCCCCUUUUGCCCCUCCCUCUCCCCCCUUCCCACUCAGGACAGGCGAUCCGGAGGGAAAGAAGGACAGAGAGAAGAGAGUUGGAAAAACUGGCAAUGUUUUACUAAUGCUAUAUUAAGAGUAGAGAAAAUAAUACAAAACCAAUCCUGAAAGUCUCAGCAACUGCAGAGCCGGCACCUGAAGUCCUGGACUGGACUCUGCAGCCAACCGGAGCUGGAUUCAGUCUCUCAGUAGGCCUCAGUUUGCAGGGACGACUAGCAAGGUCCUCUCCUAAUGUCACCAUAAGCAGAAGGGACGAAAAGGGACAAAGAGGACAAGAUCCUCAUGAUCUGCCACUUCUAUAUGAAGUAUUCAUGUGAAGGGGAUGUUAUACACGGUUGGUCAGUUUGUUGGUCACCUGUUUCUUGUUGCUCCUCUUGCAAGAUGUGAAUCUGUCCUUAUCAACAAGUAAGCAUUCCAUUGCAAUGUUUAUCAAAACAUGUGUCUGGUUCUCCAGGAAAAGGCAGCUAAUAUGAAGCUUUAGCUGACAGGCAAAUUCAUGCUGUCUGCCUAUCAGAUUGCCGGAGGGGCGGGCGUCGAGGGCUGGGUACUGCGUGCCGCCCGCAGCCAAUGAUGGUGCGGAAGAGGCGGGCGUUGCGGUGUCCCUACUGCGCAUGCCCCAGUUGCGAGCGCUGAUAGGCGGAGAGGGAGAUGAUUGACGUGUCCCGGGGAGCCAACCGGGAUGCGGCAAGGGGCGGGUGCUGCAGUCUCCCUAGUGCGCAUGCCCAAAUCGCGAGCGCUGAUAGGUCCGCGGUGUCUCGGGGCCGGGGCCGGGGGGGGGAGACCGGGAGCGAACGGGAACGGGGGUCGGGGCGGCUGCGGAGCGCUCGCUGCGGCCGGCGCCCGGGCAUCGGGAGGCGGGCGGCUCAGGGCCGCCCUUCGUGAGGUUCCCCGGAGGCGGCAGGAGGGCGGAGGGGAAGGAGGCGACAGCCGGGGACCUCCCGCCGCGGGCGUCUCGGGGGCGCGGCGGCUGUCGGUGCCCGCGGAGCCCGGCGGGACGGCGGGGGAGCGCGAGGGGAACGGAGCGGCGAAAGAGGCGGCAGUGGAUCCGUCCGGCAGUCGGUGGCCCACGGUUGCUCGGCAACAGCAGAAGCGGAUUGAAGGGACCGGCCGCUGGAGGAUGCCGAAGCCUCCCGGGUCAGCGGUGGGAGCAGCUUUGCGUAAAGCGAGGGGUACGUGAAGCCGGGCGUGCGGUGCCGACCGCCCAGCAGGUAAGGGAAGCUAAAGCUUUACCUCCAGGGACUUCUGCCCAGAAAGCUGAAGCAAUUGCUCUCGCGUGAGCUGUAGAGUUACGCAAAGAGAAGAAGAUUAGUGGCUGCACUGAUUCUAAGCAGGUUUCUUGAAGGGUGCGGGCCCUUGAAGCCGUUUGAAAAGAAUAAAGUGUAUUAACGGCACAAGGGAGGCAGAUUAAACGUGAUGCUCCGGUUGCUGGAAGCUGUGCUGUUGCUAGGAGAGUUGCCGUCACGCGUUGCAACGGGCCUCAGAAGGGAAACGCUGCUCAGGAAACUGGCAAUAAAUUGGCAGGCGCCGCUGUCAAACCAGCCACCGAGAGGACCGAGACCGGUACGGAAGCCGCGUCUCUGAGCCCAGGUGGCCGUGUCCUCCAGCCAACGUCAGGGAACUGUAACAAAGAGGAUAAGCAAUUAAUAGGAGAUUAAUAGCCCGAUCAGAAUUAGGGUCCAAAGGAGCCGUCACCGGCGACGGGAGAGCAGCGGCGCCUCGCGGCGCGAGGAGCUGACGCGCUCUGUCGAGAUCGGACGAACAGGUGCCUGUCCCUGUUUUCUCUUCCCGCUUUUGAAGAGAAGCUGCCGAGUGAGCGUACGCUGCGGUGAAGUUCUACAAGAUGCGGCCCUCAGGAACCGGUUGACGUGAGGGAAAUGCUUUCUGACCGCCUGCGCGGUGAGGGGACGUUUUUCACCUUUUAGCUCCUUCUGCACGACAAGAGGGAGACGGAAGGUUAAGUAACACGUUGUUUAGGAGCUGAGAGCUUAGUUUGUAUUUAACUAAUAAUUAAGAGACGUGUUGUCAGCGAGAAACUAAACGAUUACAACUAACCUCAUCAAAUGAAGUAAAGACAGGCCAGCCAGGCGUGGUGGUGGAGUUGCUCUCUAUGUGAGAGAGCAGCUACAGUGUACUAAAUUCUGCCCAGGAGCGGAUGAGGAGCGAGUUGAGAGUGUAUGGGUCAGGAUCAAGGGGCAGGCUGGCAGGGGUGACACUGCUGUGGGCGUCUGUUACAGGCCACCAGAUCAGGCCGAGGAAGUUGAUGAGGCCUUCUAUGGGCAGCUGAGAGCGGCCUCACGGUCACAGGCCCUGGUUGUUGUGGGGGAUUUUAAGUUCCCUGGUGUUUGCUGGAAGGACCGUUCAGCCAGCCAGCCACAGUCCAGGAGGUUCCUGCCGUGCAUCGGUGAGAACCGCCUCAUGCAGGUGGUGGAGGAGCCGACUAGGAGAGGUGCACUGCUGGAUCUCAUCCUCGCUAGCAAGGAGGGUCUGGUCGAAGCAGGAAAGGUUGAGGGCUGCCUGGGCUGCAGUGACCACGAGAAGGUGGAGUUCAGCAUCUUGGGUGGCAGGAACAGAACAGCAAGUAGAAUUGCAACCCUGGACUUUAGCAGGGCUAACUUUGGCCUUUUCAAGCAAUUGCUGGGGGAAAUCCCAUGGGCAAGACUGCUUGAAGGAAAAGGGGCCCAAGAUAGCUGGGUUGCAUUCAGAGAUUGCUUCUUCCACCUCAGGAUCAGAGCAUCCCCACACGAAGGGAGUCAAGGAAGGGAGCCAGGAGGCCUGCGUGGUUGAACAGGGAUCUGUUGGGUAUGCUCAAGCAGAAGAGGAGAGUUUGCAGGUCAUGGAGGCAGGGGCUGGCCACUUGGGAGGAAUAUAAGGCUGCUGUUAGAGGAUGCAGGAAGGCAGCUAGGAUAGCCAAGGCCCCCUAGAAUUACAGCUGGCGAGAGGGGUCAAGGACAGCAAAAAGAGCUUUUUCAAAUACAUAGCAGAUAAAACUAACACCAGAGGCAAUGUAGGCCCACUGAUGAACGGGGUGGGUGUCCUGGUGGCAGAAGAUACAGAGGAGGCAGAAUUCCUGAAUGCCUUCUUUGUCUCUGUCUACUCUGCCGGAGGCCGUCCUGGGGAGCCCUGUACCCCUGAGACCCCGGAUGAAGCCAGGUCAGUGGAGGAGUUUGCUUUAGUCGAUGAGGACUGGGUUAGGGAGCAAUUAAAUAGUCUGGACAUCCAUAAAUCCACGGGUCCGGAGGGGAUGCACCCGCGGGUGCUGAGGGAGCCGGCUGAAGUCACUGCUGGACCGCUCUCCGUCAUCUUUGCCAAGUCUUGGGAAACGGGGGAGGUGCCCGAGGACUGGAGGAAAGCAAAUGUCACUGCAGUCUUCAAAAAGGGCAAGAAGGAGGACCCGGGUAAUUACAGACCGGUCAGCCUUACCUCUGUCCCUGGGAAAGUAAUGGAACAGCUUCGUCUAGACAACAGAGCAGUGAGGUGGGUUGCAAACUGGCUUAAGGAGAGAAGCCAGAGAGCGGUAGUCAAUGGUGCGGAGUCCAGCUGGAGGCCAGUAUCCAGUGCAGUGCCUCAGGGGUCAGCGCUGGGGCCAAUGUUAUUCAGUAUAUUCAUUAACGAUUUGGACGAGGGAAUAGAGUGCACUAUCGGCAAGUUUGCUGAUGACACCAAGCUGGGAGGGGUGGCUGACACGCCAGAAGGCUGUGCUGCCAUCCAGCGGGACCUGGACAGGCUGGAGAGUUGGGCGGGGAAUAACCUGAUGAAAUUUGACAAGGGCAAGUGUAGAGUCCUGCACCUGGGCAGGAACAACCCCAGGUUCCAGUAUAGGUUGGGAAAUUACGUAUUAGAGAGCAGUGUAGGGGAAAGGGACCUGGGGGUCCUGGUGGACAGCAGGAUGACCAUGAGCCAGCCCUGUGCCCUUGUGGCCAGGAAGGCCAAUGGCAUCCUGGGGUGGAUUAGAAGGGGGGUGGUUAGUAGGUGGAGAGAGGUUCUCCUUCCCCUCUGCUCCGCCCUGGUGAGACCCCAUCUGGAAUAUUGUGUCCAGUUCUGGGCCCCUCAGUUCCAGCAGGACAGGGAACUGCUGGAGAGGGUCCAGCGUAGGGCAACCAAGAUGAUUAAGGGAGUGGAGCACCUCCCUUAUGAAGAAAGGCUGAGGGAGCUGGGUCUCUUUAGUUUGGAGAAGAGGAGACUAAGGGGGGACCUUAUCAAUGUUUAUAAAUACAUAAAGGGUGAGUGCCACGAGGACGGAGCCAGGCUCUUCUCGGUAGCAAACAACGAUAGGACAAGGGGUAAUGGGAUCAAGCUGGAACACAAGAGGUUCCGCUUAAAUUUGAGAAGAAACUUCUUCUCAGUGAGGGUGGCAGAGCCUGGCCCAGGCUGCCCAGGGGGUUUGUGGAGCCUCCUUCUCUGGAGACAUUCAAAACCCGCCUGGACGUGCUCCUGUGCGACCUCACCCGGGCGUUCCUGCUCCAUGGGGGGAUUGGACUGGAUGAUCUUUUGAGGUCCCUUCCUGUCCCAAACAUACUGUGAUACUGUGAAGAGUGCGGCUUAGCAGCGCUGCUGACUCUGCCGUCCCGUUCCCUUCCCCGUUUCAGCCGGCGAGGCGGCCGGAGGACCCGCUCUGUGCGGCCGCGGGGCCCGCGGAGUCGAGGGCUCUGUCGGCGCGCCCCGGGGGUUUCUCUGGAGAGACUCCUCGUCUCGGUCGCGUCGCGGCGGGGACGGACGAGGACCUCUGGCGAGGGGUCUUUCUGCGCUGGGAGCCGGGACCGGGCACGCGCUCGCGGGGCGUCCGUAAGUCGCGGUACGGAAUUUAGGCAGGAUAGCGCGCACGGGCUUGCGAGCGCCUUACAGGCGUGCGGUGGUUGCUCGUGCGGCCAGCUUUUGGUGUCGGUUGUUCCGGCGCUCCGUCGCGGUGUAGAGCCGGCCCCGUACGUAGCGGUGAGGCGUACCGCAGUUCGGUUUGAUUCUCGGAUAGGCCUCGGCUCUGACUGUGCACUCGAACGCCAAAACCUACAGCGGAAGCUGCGGUGGCUUUAGCGUGCAAGGGGCGCGAGCGCCGUGAAGCCGCCCGUGUGGCCGAGCGUCCCGAUCGCGGCGCUGAGCGUUAGACGGACUUGAGCCGCGUGCCGGAAUUGUUUUGUUUUGGAGAGGGCGGGAUAAACCUGGAGCACAACUUGUGAGGGCGGUACGUCGUGGGCAGGUUUUAGUAUUGCCUGUGGAGUGCCGCUAGAAGCGUUCGUAGUUCUUGCUUGUCUCUGUUACAAGAUGAGCCGUGUCGUCCUGCGUGACGCGUAACGGGAGGACGGCGCGGUAGCGGUGCUCUGCACAAGAGCCCGUUGGGGGGUAUUUUAGCUCGCGGGAAAGGGAUUGGGGAACCACCUGGUGGGAAUGCGAGGAGAGCAGCCCUGGCGGAAUCUGAGGAGCCGAGGCCGUUGUAUAAAUUGGACAAGGAAGGAAAGGCUGCGGGCACAGCGCGGUGCUGCACCCGGCCGCCCCAACGCGGAACUCUAAUGUGGAAUUCCUGUGUUUCAGAGGGGGAGCUGUGACCGCCCCGUGCUCAGCAGACCCCCCAGCCCGGGUGGGGGGAGCAGCGCCGGAGCGGGAGACGCGGCUCCGUCCUCCGUCCCCAGCGUGCCGGGGGGCGGCUGCCGGCCUGUGGGACGUGGCUGCGGCUGUUCGGGGCGCUGCCCCCCCAUGUUUGGGCGCUCUGGUAUGUACAUAGGUAAAUGGCGUUUUAAAGUAAUGUGCUGCCCGCUGGGGCUGUUUUCCUUUUCUACCUUUUUUUUUUUUGAGUGAAUAAAUGGGGGGACUCGGGGGGUGACGAUGAUGUUGCUGGAGGAGCAGGCCAGUGAGAGAUGGGGGCUUUCAGCCCCAAAACGCCUGAACUAUCAUGGGUGGGGUGUUUAGUGGUACUGUGGGGAGGAGAAAUGUCUCCCUGUCCGUUGCAGAGAAAACAGAACAAUCCCACAUCAAAGCUGUCCUAGAGAAGUACUUGCUGUUUGUCAUUGCGGUUCUAGAGCAGCCCGAUGUGCUGUUAAAGGUUGUGGUGGUGCGGGUCAGGGAUCCCCAGGCUGUGCCGAGACCGCAGGACGGCUGCUGGUGGAACAAAGUCAAGGACAACUUCUCAGAGACAGGCGAUCCGGAGGGAAAGAAGGACACAGAGAAGAGAGUUGGAAAAACUGGCAAUGUUUUACUAAUGCUAUAUUAAGAGUAGAGAAAAUAAUACAAAACCAAUCCUGAAAGUCUCAGCAACUGCAGAGCCGGCACCUGAAGUCCUGGACUGGACUCUGCAGCCAACCGGAGCUGGAUUCAGUCUCUCAGUAGGCCUCAGUUUGCAGGGACGACUAGCAAGGUCCUCUCCUAAUGUCACCAUAAGCAGAAGGGACGAAAAGGGGCAAAGAGGACAAGAUCCUCAUGAUCUGCCACUUCUAUAUGAAGUAUUCAUGUGAAGGGGAUGUUAUACACGGUUGGUCAGUUUGUUGGUCACCUGUUUCUUGUUGCUCCUCUUGCAAGAUGUGAAUCUGUCCUUAUCAACAAGUAAGCAUUCCAUUGCAUUGUUUACCAAAACAUGUGUCUGGUUCUCCAGGAAAAUGCAGCUAAUAUGAAGCUUUAGCUGACAGGCAAAUUCACUGAAAGAGAAACUUGUUUUUUAAUGAAACCAGGACAGCCCCCUCCCCAAUCCCCUCAGGACUCCUCUGAUUCCCAUCUGCUCCUCUCAGGACAGCUGAGCUUGUCUUUUGGGGCCCCUGAGAGCCCCCAUUUACCUUCUUUUACCUACCUUUGUUGUUGUUCCCAGCCUAUCCUGGUGUUUUCCAUCCUUCAGGACUUACUUAUUACUGUUGUGAGAGUCCGAGAGAAAAGGAAGAGUGUCUGCUACUUACAACUGUCGUUGUUGAUCUACAGUGUUUUAGAGACGGAUUCUUGCAGUAUCUAUUUCUGGUUCGUCCUUCACUCCUCCCCAGACCGCAGCGCUGGUCCGAGUUCCCCAGCACACGUGUGUGUGUCCAGCCGGGUACGCCGGGGGAGCGCGUCAGGGCGGGCAGACGGCUGAAUGGACGCGCUGUCAGCGACUGCGGAACGAGCUGGGGCUGCUUUGACCGUGUCCAGCCUUCUUUCUCUCCCCUCCACCCCUACCCUGCUGCGUUCAGUGCAGUGAAUGACCGUGAGGAGAUGGCUGUGGAUCUGGCUGUUGAAGGGUGUGUGAAGGAGAAGGAGGUGUGUGUAGAGCAGGAUUGGUGGUGGAGGUGAGUGCAGCUGGUUCGGGUGUGGGGCUGUAAAUUCUUUUUGGAGGCUUCCUAGUUUCUGGUGUCACCUGCGGGGUGAAGUGUGACUCUGUGCAGGUUUGAAAGGUGCCACGUGCAGAGCUCCCUCAUUUGCCACCAGAUCUCCCAAUCACAGAGACAGCGUCGCUGUGCAGCUGCUAAGGACAGCGCGUCUCGUGCAGAACAGCAUCCUUUGUGCUCCGUGUGCGUGUUCCUCCUUUGAAAUGAAGUUGGGCCGCCCGGUGUUCCACGUUACGUGUGGUACCUGCUGGGCUGAGUCUCCUCCCCGCGCUCCGGUCGGUUCCGUCGCGCUGCCGCAGCCCCGGCAGCACCGCGGCGUUCGCUGGACGCGUUGUUGGCGGAGCCGGCACCGACAAUCUUGACACGUCGAGGUGCUGCGGUGGGUUUGCCUGGAAAUUCCAAGGUAAUUCCAAGGCAGACAGUAAUAAUCCCCAAUUUAUGUAGUAAAAUUUAAAAGAGUGGAAUAUAAAUACUGGAGCGCUAAUUGGAAGUAAUACCUGUAGAGAAAAAAACCUCUAGUUUAUAUCUACAAUAAAAAAUAAUGUGUGCUAGUUAAUCCGCCUGGUAGUAAUGUAAUGAUAAAAAUGUUAAAGUGUAAAUAGAUGAAAUUAUAUAGGCAUGAGCAAGAAGUAAAUUUAAUUUCAGCUAUUACUUGGUGAACUAGGCAGCAGUUGUUCCCAAUCUGAAUGCUAGUUUAAAAAACACAUUGUUUGGAAUUCCUUUUAAAUGAUAAAGGCAGAAAACUAAUGUGGAGUCAUUGGUAGCUUCAUUUGAACAACCGUUAUGAAAUAAACCGCAGACACGAAUGACUGCAUAGGAAACAAAGUGAGGAAGCUUUAGAUUUUAAACAGCAUUGGAAAGUGAUCGGGAGUGUUUAGUAUUUAAAUUAUAACAGACCCACGAGAUGGGAGGCAACAAAGCUCAGAACCAAACAGAGUCAAAACGUUACAUUUCUUUUUUUAAAGAGAAGUAUAAAGGAACCACGAAGUAGUGGCUGUUUAUAAACAGAGGUAUUAAAAAGUUCCCAGGCAGUAAUGAUUCCCAACAGAACACUAAAAGAUAUUUAGAUGUAAAAUAAUAUUAGAAAACAGUUAUGACAGUCUGAAUUUAACCACAGCUUUUUUGGGGUUGUGCAAAAACAUGACCGCUAUUAAUUACCUCUGAGUUAAAAUAAAAAGACAUCAAACUA